ACAACACCCUUCCUUCCCAAACCGCUCAGACGCACCCUCCUCCUCCUCCCCGUGUACUAAACUCACGCUACCUGCACGGACGCCGGCGUUCAAACUUCCAAGGUGCUCCACUUCUCACCUGAUCAUCAUCCUCAUGGACGCCAUGUCGUGCCUAGCGCCGCCGCCGGCGGCGGCGUCGUUCCUCUCGGCCUCCUCCUCGCUCGGCCCUGCCUACUACACCGACGCCGCCCUCGCGCGCGCGCUCAACUUCUCCGCCAUGCCCGACUACGAGUACGACUACUCGCCGGCCGCAUCCUCGCCCUCCAACUCCGCCUCCGCCUCCGCGCUCUCCUCGUCGUCCCUUCUCGCGGACUUCCCCUGCAGCGCGGGCGGCAGCAACUGGUUCGCCUCCACGUCCGCGCCGCCCACGGGCUCGCUCUCCUGCGACUCCGUGCUGGUCGCGUCGGACGCGGCGCCGCGGCCGCCGUCCACCCCCGUGGGCGCCGCGACGAACAAGAGGCGGGCGGGCCUGGGGCCGAACACAGCGGGCGCCGGGCGGGCCGGGAAGCGGCGCGCGCGGGCGUCGAAGCGCGCGCCGACCACGUACAUCAGCACCGACCCCGCCAACUUCCGGCUCAUGGUGCAGCACGUGACCGGCGUCCAGGCCGAGCCGGGCACCGACGACGGCAGCGUCCUGCACGCCUCGUUCGACGCGUCCUCCGCCGCGGCGCUGCUGGACUGCCGCCCGUUCGACGGCGCGUCGUUCGGGGACGCGCUGAGGAUGCCGGGCGACGCCGACGCGGCGGCGCUCCAUCGCCACCACCAGCAACAGCAGCUGGCGCAGCAGCAGCAGCCGUGCUACCCGACGCUGGACUCGUGGAGCGUCAUGUACGAGAGCAGCCAGCUGCUGUAGCUCCAUGUCCUCCAUGCAUUAUUAACCAUGAGCAGUCCAGUCAGGACCUUCACUCGUAGAUUUCUCAUCACUUACACCUCUUGUAGUUCUUUUGCCCGGUCCCUAAUUAAUGUACGUAUUUUUCCACUU